UGCACAAUAAUCCUCUGGGGAGGGGGGGCAAUCCACUCUGCAAUUCACUCACCCGCCCGCUCACUCACGCUCUUUCUACCCGUUCAUAUUACCCUUUCACUACUCUACUCUAUCCUACCUACACUCUUUCACUCUCUUUCAUCCUCGCCGUCGCGAUCGAGUUGUUGUUGUCUGUCGUUCAUUCAUUCAUUCAUUCUUUUUCAAAGUCACCGACGCACGCAUCUCAACUGUUUUAUACACACGGUUCUGUCUUAUCCUCUUUGAUUUAGAGGAAGGAAGUUACCCUGUUGAUUGAUCGAUUACUUCUCGUCGCCGGAUCGUCGCUCAUUUUAUUGGAUUGUUACUGUACUGCGAAAAGAAGGGAAACAAUUCACCUCGACUACUACUACGUUCUGUGAACAGACACAAGUGUUCUUCCACCUUACCACGCCCGAUCCUUCUUAAAAGAGACAUUGUCUACGAGUUGUGUUCUGCGAACAUACACGACUAUCACAACCCAGGACUACAAUCCGUGUCCCAAAAACACACUCUCUCUUUCAAACCCCCCCACAAACCAUCACAAUGGUCCACCAACACCACCGUCACCUCCACGGCGCCCGCGACUUCAGCGACUUCCUCGACGACCUAGGAAACGCCGUCGGCCUGGGCAACAGCGAAGACAAAGCCGCAAAGCGCGAGGGCAGCACCCGCUACGUCUACGUUACCCAGUCCCCAACCUUCACCGACCCCGUCGCCGGCUACUCGACCUCCAUGCCCGGCAGCGGCGACACAUCCACCCCCGUCCUCGUCGACUCCUCCACGCCGAAGCCAACCCCCAAAUCCACCUCCACCCCCGCCAAGCCGACCACAACCGCGCAGAAGCCGAAGACGACGCCCACACCGACCGCCCUCUCGGGACUCCCCGAUUCAAUCGUCCCCAGCUCCACAGUCGGUACGUCUAACUCGGAAGUCCUCCUCGCCUCGCAGACAGAAGCAACCUCCGAAACCUCCACCCCAACAUUCUCCCCCUCCUCCACCCCCACCGCCAUCGCCGACAACGCCGCCUCCAGCGGCAUGACCGGCGGCGCCAAAGCCGGGUUGGCAAUCGGAAUCAUUGUCGUGAUCGCCGCCAUCCUCUCUCUAAUCUUCUUCUGUUUCCGCCAGCGCAAGAAGGCCGAGGAGCGCGAACGCAUGGACGACGAGAAAUUCACCAACGUCCCACCCCCCUCCGCCGCCGCCGCCGCUGGUGGUCCAGCAAGCAUGGCCGGCCUCAAGCGUCUUUCCACCGCGCCGAGAUUGGAUGUCCGUCCUACCACCGCAUUCUUCAUGCCCAACCGCGCGAGCCAGAUGCAGAACCCCAACGCCGCGAACGGGAACGGUAUCCAAAUGACCUCUCAAAACCGCGGCAUGGAGCAGAACCGCGCGAACCCCUUCGGAAACCACGCUGAAUCCAUCGACCCCGUCAACGCUGCCGGUCCCUCUGUCGUCAACGGCGUGUCCGCUGCUGGCGUCGUCGUCGCCGGCGCAGCGCCUGUUCGCAGCACCUCGAGGGGUGCGCAGAAUAAGUACAAUGGUAACAAAUCCGCGCAAUCUCCCUUCAGUGAUGCGGCGCGCACGGAUGGGAAUAGAGCUAUGAACACGAGUCAGCAGAUGCACAACACCGGUGUCAUGCCACAGCCGUUGGCGGGUGUGAUUGAGGAGUCUGGGAGUGGGCCGGUUUCGCCGACUUCGGCUGCGGCGGCGGUUGUUGGUGCGGGUGCGGUGACGACGAGUGGUGCGGCGAGUAAUACGAAUUUGUAUCGUGUGCAUCUCGAUUUCACGCCUUCGAUGCCGGAUGAGUUGAGGGUUAGGGCGGGAGAGAUUGUCAAGUUGUUGAAGGAGUUUGAUGAUGGAUGGUGCAUGUGCAUCAAAGAAGACGGCUCCUCCGAGGGCGUCCUCCCCCGAACAUGCAUCUCCAACUCCCCCAUCGCCGCCCGCCGCUCCCCCUCCAACAAAUCCGUACCCGGCCCCUUCCAGAAUGGUCAGCGCCGCCACUCCCCCACCAGCUCCAACGCUCCUCUUUAUCCUUCCAUCCAAAAUCAAGGUCCAAACCAACAGCAAGGCCAGCAGCAAGGACAGCAAGGUCCCAACCAAGGCCAAGGCAUGAACCAAAACCGCGCCGGACCACCAAUGAACGGCAACGGCCGCGGCCCACAAUACCGCCCUCAACAACAGGGACCGAAUGGGCAGGGACGACCACAGCAGGGACGUCCUCAGGGACCAAACCAACAGGGUGGACGACCGAUGUCUCCCGCUAUGUCAGCCAACGGCCGCAAUUCCCCGGGGCCAGGUAACUACGGUCCUGGUCCACAAUACCGCCCUCAACAAGGCCCUGGGCCAAUGUCGCCGCGUGGUCCUCCUCAACAGCAGCAGCAACAGCAAGCCCAGCAGGGUCAGAGACAGGGAUCGUCUAGCCCGCCUCCACAUGCUAUCUCACCCUCCUCCCCCUCGUCGUCCGCGGCGCAGGUGGGUAGUUCGAGUCCGGUAGCUGCGGCGGUGCCACUGCCUAGCAGUCCCGCCUUGUCGCAAGCCAGCAGUGGGUUCUCGAUCCCGGAGGUGACUAUUACUGCGCCUUCUGGACCGGCGCCGGUGGUGGUGGAGAGGAAACCGGUUGGUGGAGUUGGGAGGAAACCAGUUCCGGGGAAUUAGAUCCUGUUCUGUUCCGUGGGUGGUAGAUGGGCGGUGUUGAUGUUUUGAGAUGAUGGUGGUGGGAUGGGAGUUUUGUGGAUGGAUGAGGUGGUGGGAUGGAUGGUGUAUGGUGUUUACUCUUGUCGGCGUUGCUGACGUUUUCUUCUCUUACCCCCUUUUUUUUUGUUUGUUCCCCCGACACACAAGCUUUUUUCUUUCUUGUUCACUUUUUUUCAUGAUGUGGAUGUAUGGCUUUUUUACAGCUUUUCGUCGCGGCUUUUUGUCGCUCCUAUUUUUUCCAGAGAUGAUGUAUGUUCGAUUCUUGGGGAUGAGGGUUGUUUAAUGUUUUAUGUAUCUCGAUGAGUAGGGGGGGGGGGGGAGGUACUAUUUUACUUAUUUCUACGGGGAGAGAUGGGAUCAGAUGGGUAGCGUGAGAUAGGGAUCUUACGGUCUCUUAUCUCCCUACUCUCGUCUGGAUCUCGGGAAGAGGCUGGGGACCUUAUUUACCUUACUUUUUCGUUCUUGGGGAUGGCUUGGCUUUGGGGAUGGCUUUUUAUUUGCUGUGUUGUGGGGGGGAAAAGGGGGGAGAAGAGAAGAAGAGAUGGGGGAGUAGGAGAG